UACCACAGGCUACAUCUCGACACAAAUACGAGAUAGCUAGCUAGUUAGUGACAUGUAACAACUAAAGUGGGUUUACUAUACUAGCAACGACAAACCGCUGAAGGACCAACCAAGGUCUAUAAGAUAGCCUCUAGCAAGUAGUCGCGUUUUGUUAUUAUCUGCUAACUAGAAUUUGUUUUAUACUAAAACAUUUUCCUUCGUUGUUAGCUAAAACAAAACAUUUGAAAAGUAUAUAGAGCUGCUCUAUCUAACGAGUUAGCAAAGUAGAGUCUAGGACAAGGAGGGCCGUUGACUGAUAUCCGAGUCAUCUAACCAUCUGAUACAGAAGACGCCUGUUAUGUGUCUGUACCACCUAGCUAACCAGAAAUAAUGUUCCAUCGCUGAAAAUGGGAGGUAGCGGCUCCAAAUCCAAGGGUUAUUGGCCUUUUCCUGGUUCGGGUAGCGGUUCUGAUCCAGCCAAAGAGGGAAAUGACCAGUCAGUGGCCCGCAUCCGAUGUUCCCGGAAUGCGACCCCUUUCGUGUUCACAAGGCGGAGCUCUAUGUUCUUUGAUGAAGAUGGCGAUCUGGCCCAUGAAUUCUAUGAGGAGACAAUUGUGACAAAAAAUGGGCGCAGGAGAGCCAAGCUGAAGAGGAUUCAGAAGAACCUUAUACCUCAGGGAAUUGUGAAGCUGGACCACCCUUGUAUCCAUGUGGAUUUUCCGGUCGUUCUAUGUGAACUUUGAAGAAGCUCAGGGCAAUCUGGGAGACCAAACCAUGGCCAGCGCCUGACACUACUCCGUCCCUCAGACUCUGUUCCCCUUAAAACUCGACCGCCUGGUCCUGAACUUCACUUUGCUGCCUGUGCGUGGGAGUAUGCAGCUCCUCCAUGUGCAAAGGCUGUCUCACUGUGUGUUCGGUCCUGACCUGCAGACUCAGGCAUUACCGGCUCUAAACUGGACAAAUACAGAUUGUGUGUGGAAGAUGGAGAAAAGGUGGAAAUGUGACCCCUCCUCUCAUGUGGUUUGUGCUGUACAGUGCAUCAGGAGCAGUGCAGUGUGUUCUGACACACAGGGAGAUUCUGAUCCACAGCAGUACACUACCACCGGUCUGCACAGUCUCUCAUUUUGGUUUUCAAAUUUGAUUCACUCCUUGAAGGAUCAGCAUCAGCUUUUGGACCAAAGUGAUGUGAUCUGAUGUGAAAAGGUGGUGUAAAAGCUUUUUGAUUUCAUACCUAUGCAGCAUGGGGAGUCUGUCUUGUCGCUUUCAGUGCUUGGAAGCUAAGGACUGAACUUAACACACGGUACAGCUCCAGGGGCAGUGAAGACAAAAUCUGCAUUGUUUAUGUGUGUGUAUCUUUGUGUGCAUGUGUACAUGUAUGCAUGUGUGUUCAGGGGGGAUGGUGUGCAUGUGUAUGUGUGUGUGUGUGUGUAAAGGAAAGAGGGUGUUGUCCUGUUGGUCUUGCACUCAUCUGUGUUAUUUUCUGUGAUUGUGGUGACUGCGGGCAGCUAAUGGAAUUUUAAAACGCAUUUCAAGGCUGAACCACCUCCAACUUGUCCAUUUAGGUCAUGCAGCAAAACAGAGUUGUGCACUUUUCUCCGCUUGUACAAUCUAGAGUGCGUCUGACCUGUAUGUUUGGCGCAGCAGGAGUCUGGAUUAGUUUGUCCAGAUGGACAAAUAGUUGUAGUGUCA